AUGGCUAUUCUCUCAAGGAAGCUGUCAGCUGCUAAACUCAAGAGGAGGUUUACCUCCCUCCACUCUUGGGAACUUCCUAAGCAGACUGGAGCGCUGGCCCCAUCGCACAUAUGGACGAAUCGAGAUAUGGACCCGACGCCCAUCGAGGACCAGACGUGGAAUGUGUGGACAAUUUUGGCCUACUGGGCUACCGACACGAUUAAUUUGGCUACAUGGCAGACGGCCUCUGCAAUUCUCGCGGUUGGUCUAAGUUGGCGUGAAGCUAUUCCCAUCAUGAUAGUAGGAACCUUCUGCGUCGCCGUGCCUCUUGUGCUUAACGGUGCCAUUGGCGCUAAACUUCACGUGCCUUUCUCUGUGAUUGCGACUAGUAGCUUCGGUUACUACCUAAGAUACUUCUGCAUCGUUAGUCGGGCUAUUCUAGCUAUGUUCUGGUUGGGUAUACAGGGCGCAAACGGAGCUCAAUGCAUCACGAUCAUGCUGCGUGCCUGGGCGCCGUCGUACAACGACAUUCCGAACCAAUUAUCCCAGUCUGCCGGCAUCACGACGCAAGGGAUGCUUUCUUACUUCCUCUUCUGGAUAAUUCAACUACCGCUACUCCUUAUCCACCCCACUAAGCUACGUCCUCUGUUCUGGGUCAAACUAUUCGCUGCCCCGGUAGCUGCUAUUGCAACGAUGGGAUGGUGUAUUAAGAGGGCUGGAGGGGGUGGUGACAUCUUUGCCUUGCGAGCGACAGCUAGCGACCAACAAUAUGUCUGGCUAUGGCUAACUUGCAUGUCGAGCGUGGCAGGUCAAUGGAGCACCUUGGCUGUAAACAUACCUGAUUUCACUCGCUAUGCAAAGUCGGCUAAAGGUCAAUACAUCCAACUCCCAGCGAUGCCCAUUAUAUUUACUUUGUGUGGCGUUCUGGGUAUUGUAACAACAUCCGCGAGCAAAGUAUUUAGCGGAGAGUACCUCUGGAACCCCUUGGAUAUCAUAGCUAUUUGGCUCGACUAUGGCUCUGGUGGACGAUGUGCUGCCUUCUUUGCCGCCCUCGCGUGGUAUAUUGCACAGGUUGGAACAAACAUCACCGCGAAUUCGAUCUCGGCAGCCAACGACUUAACCGUUCUUUUACCUCGCUGGAUUAAUAUCAGGCGAGGCUGUAUUAUCGCUGCGCUUGUCGGUGGUUGGGUCCUGGUGCCAUGGAAGAUCCUGAGCUCUGCGGAAACCUUCCUCGCCUUUAUGAGUGGGUAUGCCGUCUUCCUUGGGCCGAUAGCUGGCAUCAUGGCAUCUGAUUACUGGCUUGUCAAGAAGAGGCAGAUUGACAUACCGAGCCUGUACGAUCCGGAUGGUCGUUAUCGCUAUGUUGGUGGAUGUAACUGGCGCGCAGCGGUCGCCUUCUUCGUACCCGUUGCGCCUCUUCUACCUGGCCUAGGCCUUAGCAUUAGCGGUCCCCAAGUUGUUCAUAUUAACGACGGCGUUGCUAACCUCUAUACCCUUAACUUCUUGUUCGGAUUCGUAACUUCGGUCGUUCUUUACACCGCACUAAGUUACGCUAUACCAGCAAAGGAGACAUUACUAAAGGAUAUGAUCUGGGAUCUAGACGACACCAUUAUUGAGGCUCAGGCUCGGGAUGAUGCGGGAGCUGAGAAGGGUUUGGGUACCGCUUCAUCCGAGAAGAUUAAGGCGUCUAGUGCAACUCUCCUGUAA